AUGCCUAAACAAAAUUAUUGUAUUGGUCUUCAAAUGGACGAAUUUAGAGUACCCAAAAAGGUGAACCGUAACGUUUUCAAGGCGAUUAGCAUUCUUCAAUCUUCACGAAACGAUUUUGUCUGCACUAAUGACAUCGUCGACCAGGUGAAGUUCCAAAUGCGGAACUGCGUUCCGGUCGAGCAUAUAGAUGAGGCCAUAAAGCAGUCGCUGGCCAACUUGACCAUGCUGGGCAUAGUGCGGCGUCUGGGAGCGUCUAAGUAUGCGCUUAGCUCCAUUGUGUUUGCCCGGUUGGGAAUGCCCAAUCCCAUUCCAUAUCCGCCGGGCAAUCCUGGUACACCAACGCGACGAACUGGCCAGGAUGCGCGUCCAAAGCGCCCUAUCGGGCGCUUAGACCCUUUGAAAUCGGUCAGCAAGAUCUUGACUGAGGACUCUCUGUCUGGAUCUGCGAUAACCAGGAUGCGCAAGCGGAUGCGCACCAACACAAAGCGCGUUGUCAAGCAGAAACGAAACCCCAACUCGCAACAAUCUCGAGCCCAGAAGUUUAAAGAAACAGAAAUGGCGACCACCAGUACUGAAACUUCGGUUAUCGACCUAAGAUGUUCACAAAGUCAUUUGGCACUAGGCAAUAACGUGCAAAUACUAUUCGGAUCACCGGGAUGGUCCUAUAGCAAACCCGAUGCACCAUUAAGAUUGGAUCAAAAAGCGAAUGAUCCUGAGACCCCGACCGGAAAUAGCAACAGCACCUCGGCGAUGGAUGUAGAAGGAAAUGUGGAGGAGGAGGAGGAGGGAGGAUCUAAGCCUUCAAUUAGUGGCACAAGUUGUCACGCUGCGCCCAUCGGCUUGAACGUUAGGCCAGCUUACCAUACCUCUGGAGGAGAAUCCGAUGCGGAGGAUGCCUCCGUGGUUGGACUAUGCGGCAGUACCUUAUGCCUGCAAUCCACAAUGAGUCAAUCUGUGGCGCACGAAUCAGCUCCAACUUCCCAAGCCACAGCAAAGGAAUCAAAUAACGUGAAAAUCCAACAAGUUACUGAGUAUCAAGAAAACAAUAGAGUAGUGGAGAACUCAGAAGUUCAGGAAACAUUUGAAAAUAAUUUGGAUAUUCAAACAACCCAGCCAUCCGAUGUUUUAGAAGAGUGCCAGAGCGCACCUGAUUAUGAUUUUUAUAAAUAAUUUUCAAUUUAAUAAAACUAAUCGAAUACCCGCGCAGGCAUCGAUAUAUCGAUAGUCGGUUCGCGUGAACAUA